AUGACAGUCGAGCGUUGCCUAAGGCUCCGGCCAAAGGGUCUGGUCAUGCUGCACGUGGCCCGGGGGGUCUGGGGGUCCAGGGUCCGGGUCUGGCCCGCGCUCCUCGGGUCCUCCCGGGCCCUGUCAUCGCUGGCAGCCAAAAUGGGGGAGUACCGCAAGAUGUGGAACCCCACGGAGCCCCGCAAUUGGGCCCAGCAGUACCGCGAGCGCUUCAUCCCGUUCUCGAAGGAGCAGCUGCUCCGCCUCCUGAUACAGGAAUUCCACUCCGGUGCAGUGGAGAAGGUGGCGCUGGAGGAGUUCUUGGCCCACGUGGACUUCUGCACUUUGUUCCACUACCACCAAAUCCUGAACCGGCUGCAGGCCUUGUAUGACCCCAUCAAUCCUGACAGGGAGACCCUUAACCAGCCUCUGCUAACGGACUCCCAGCGUCUGUCCAACGAGCAGGAAGUGCUUGGCGCGCUGGAGCCCCUGCUGAUCCAAGGCAACUUCUCCGCGCUGUCGGAGGACGCCCUGGCCUACGCUCUCGUCGUUCACCACCCUCAGGACGAGGUCCAGGUGACAGUAAAUUUGGAUCAGUACAUCUACAUGAAGUUCUGGGCCCUGGGCCAGCGAGUUGGGCACAUGCCCCGGAAAUCCAGCGUGGGCUCCAAGCGUGGCUUCUUCACCAAGUCGCCCCCUGCUGAGAGAUUUCCAGGUCCCAGCCCCGAAGCCUCGAACCGUCCGUCCAUCCUGAUAGGCAGAAAGCAUCACACCCACUUCAGUGGCCGAGGGGGUGCGUGGUUUUGGGCGGACAUGUUCGGGCAGCGGCGCAGCGCGCAGGCGCUGGAGCUGGCGCACAUGCUCUACUUCCGCAGCACGUCCAACAACUCGGAGCUGCUCAGCGCCCUGACCCUGCGCGCGCAGGAGGAGCACGCCAAAGAGGCGCUGCUGGCGCGCAGCUUUCUGGCACGGCGGCCAGGGGGCGCGAGCGGCCCGCCGCAAGAGACGUCCCAGUGGCUGCAGUCGGAGGUGGAGAGCUGGCUCCUGGCCCAGUCAGGCUGCGACGUGGCCUUCAACGGAGCUCGGGCCCUGGCCCACCUGCAAGCCCUGACCCCAAGCAUCGGGCUCUACCCUCCCCUGGGUUUCCCCAAACUAGACCAGCUGGCUUCAGUCACUCCUGAGACGCCACAGGCCACACCCCGCCGUGACAAACCCUAA